AAAAUAUGCCGUAUUCUUAUGGUCGCCUCUGGCCCCGCCACUCAACGCCAAAGCAUCUUGUGGCCUGGAAUCUGUGUAUGUGCUAACGGCAGUAGGCAAAGGCGAUACCUAAGUUUGUGCCACCGGUGAAGGAAAAGCUCGUGGGAUUUCAGUAACGCAUCUGGUAUUAUCCGAGACAACUAAGCCCAACUGGCUAGGGCGUCAGGGGGCGAGUACGGCGAGCGGAAGGGACAAACCGUCCCAACUGUUUGGGGUCUGGUUUCCAGGUUAGGGUUUGGGCAGGGGCUAAAAGUACCCGUUGGCGGAGGACAGGCCGGCUGGACCAUGUCGGCCUUCGAGAAGCCCCAGAUCAUUGUCCACAUCCAGAAGGGCCUCAACUACACGGUGUUUGACUGUAAGUGGAUGCCCUGCAGCGCCAAGUUUGUGACCAUGGGCAACUUCGCCCGGGGCACCGGCGUCAUCCAGCUGUACGAGAUCCAGCACGGGGACCUCAAGCUGCUCCGGGAGAUUGAAAAGGCCAAACCCAUUAAAUGUGGAACAUUUGGUGCAACAUCCUUACAGCAGAGAUAUUUAGCUACUGGAGAUUUUGCUGGAAAUCUUCAUAUAUGGAAUUUGGAAGCUCCAGAGUACCCAGUGUAUUCUGUAAAGGGCCAUAAAGAAAUUAUAAAUACUAUAGAUGGUGUAGGUGGACUAGGAAUUGGGGAAGGAGCACCUGAAAUUGUGACUGGCAGCCGAGAUGGAACUGUGAAGGUGUGGGACCCAAGGCAGAAAGACGAUCCUGUUGCUAAUAUGGAACCUGUACAAGGAGAAAACAAGAGAGACUGUUGGACUGUGGCGUUUGGUAAUGCUUAUAAUCAAGAGGAGCGUGUUGUUUGUGCUGGCUAUGACAACGGGGACAUCAAACUGUUUGAUCUCAGAAGUAUGUCAUUGCGGUGGGAGACAAACAUUAAAAAUGGGGUAUGUAGCCUGGAGUUUGACAGAAAAGAUAUAAGUAUGAAUAAGUUAGUAGCUACGUCUCUGGAAGGGAAGUUUCAUGUUUUUGACAUGAGAACACAGCAUCCAACCAAAGGUUUUGCUUCUGUUUCAGAAAAGGCUCAUAAAUCUACCGUGUGGCAGGUCCGACACCUGCCCCAGAACCGAGAGCUGUUCCUGACAGCGGGAGGCGCCGGCGGCCUCCACCUCUGGAAGUACGAAUACCCUGUUCAGCGGUCAAAGAAAGAUUCUGAAGGAGUAGAGAUGGGAGUUGCGGGUUCCGUCAGCCUUUUGCAGAACGUUACAUUGUCUACCCAGCCCAUUUCCAGUUUGGACUGGAGUCCAGAUAAAAGGGGCCUCUGCAUCUGUAGUUCAUUUGAUCAAAUGGUGAGAGUACUGAUUAUUACAAAACUCAAUAAAAUUUGAUCUGAAGAUUUUGGACUUUGAAACCCUCCAGCGGAACACUCAUAGAAUUUAGAAUGUGCUCUGCAUCCUCCGACUCUCCUUGGACAAGGCUGGCUUUGACUGAUGAAAAAGGCCCAGAUACAAACCUCAGGCUCGCCUCUCUCGGUGUGGAAUGCCCAGCGGUGAGCUCCAGCCACCUGGUUGGUCACUGGUUUGCUGCUGCACAGGGGGCACCAAGGUGUCCAGAGCCAGCUCCGUUCCUCUCCCUCCAUUUGUGAUAAAAGUUGGUACUUGUCUAUAUUUCACCAUAUUUAAAUUUGUUCUGCAUCCCAAAGUCCAUAUUUCAUAAUAAACACCUGUGUUGCAUUUCAGUGUUCACAUGGUCAUGGUAGGGAUCACUUAGUUUGGUGUAGGAUGGUUUGCCUUGGUGAAACUACUGUGAAUUAACCUUCAUAAAUACACUUUGAGAGCUUUUACAGUCACUAAGUUUCAGUACAAAACAUUACUUCACAAAAUUACCAUAGCGUGCCGUCAAAAUAGAUUUGGGUAACUGUGUGUAGCAUUGUAACUCAUAAAAUGAAAUACUGUGAUUUACAGAGACCUCUUUUUUACCUAGAAACAGAGUUAAAUUAGUGAGACUUUCCAUUGUUGACUAUGGUAAGUGAUGUUGAGAUGUUCAAGUUUUGGGGGUUUUGUAACCUUUUUGUCAAACUUUUUAAUAUAUUUUAUGAAUAAAUAUUUGUUUUUGAAAUCUA